ACCGACCACCAUCAACACACGCCACAUCAAUUUCAACAUGGGACAAGACUGGGCUCUGGCUAAUUUGGAUGGCAAGAUUAGGAUUCGCCUGUGCCUUGGCAGAGGCUGCUAUCAACUGGGAGGCACCAUCUUCGACAUGCUUCGGCCAAGGAAGCUGGUCCAUGCAGACGACGUGUUGGUCGAAACCCGUGGAACGUUCAGUCAGCGCCAGCCACUGUCCAGUAAUCCACAAGCUAUUUUCACUCUCCCGAACGAGCUCAUCGACGUGAUCUUCACACAUGUCGACGACUGGAUCGCCCUUGUCUUCCUCGCUGUCACUUGUCGCGAUCUUUGGAACAUCGGUGUUCGCCACUUGCUCCAGGUCGCUGAUCAAUGGCUCGCCAAAUCUUACGGAUCCGCUAUCGGGCAGCGCCUCAUCUACAUGGGCGACUACAACGACAAGGACUUCUUCCCGCCCGGCGUCCACAUACCCGAGGCCGAGGUGCGCGAUUUGUUCUCGCUGCGCAACGCCGGGGAUCCCGAGGAGGAUACGAACUGUGCCGACAUACCUCGCGUCUACACGAACUACCGGGACGAACGCGACAUCAAGACGAUUCUCGUCAUGGAGCCUAUCAAGACGCUCCCCCAUUCGUACCUGCCUUUCCGCGGUGGCAUUCCCGCGCAUCAAUACGAGUGGCAGAACAUACAGGACCUGCUCAACAGCGUGCUGCCGAUCAAGUAUGGCAGGGAAGACCAAAGCCGUCUUGUACUCCGCAGUCUCUCGAAGCGGGAGUAUGUAACUGGAGCGGCGAUGGCCAAGUUCAACAAGGAUAUGAAGACCCAGGGCCGCCCCCUCAGCGUUCAGCCGUGCCUCGGUUUCGCGGUCUUCAGUCGCAUCAUAUGGUCGCGCUGCUCUAACGGUGACGGGAGACAUAACUAUACGGGCGUGUGGGCAGGUGAUCGGUUUGAUAUCGUGGGCGAAGAUGAACUCGAACGGGACUGCAAGAAGGAAUUUGCUCCCAACCAACUCGUCGACGAGAGCGAAGGCACGACUGCCGAAUGGCACGACGUGUCCGGGGAGGUAGUCGCCGAAUUAGAGAAGGACUUUUUCCCUUCAAACUAGGUCACGUAGAAGUGUUCGGCUUGUAGACUGCACCCUUGGUUCUCAUAUGUAUCUCUGCUCAGCGAUCGCGCGACCUUGGUACAACUAAGGAUACAGGGCCGGUGUGACAAAUAAAAUUACUGUGUCCA